CUGCAAGGUUUCGUGAUGGGAUAUUUCGAGAAGCAGAAUACAAUUUUUUUUAUCUGAGGGAGCUUCAACUGUUUAUGGAAGGAGGAAUGUUUUGCAAUCCAUAUGACAUCUACUUGUUUCUCAAACGUUGUCCAUCCUUGCAGAAAUUGUUCAUCGAUCUGGAUGAUUACCAAUUUGAGUGUGGAGUGUAUUGGGAAUUGCAUCAGAAGCAUCAACUCAACACCAUCGAUCACCUCUUCACUCGACUCCAAUUUGUUGUGCUAAAAAAUUUCAAGUUUAUGGAUCAUGAAAUUGAGUUGGUUAAAAUGAUUUUGGAAAGAGCAUCUAUUUUGGACAAGUUGUAUCUGAUCCCACCAAAAUCUGGUCGUUACAGCAAGUUAGAACCAGAUUUAGCAAAGUAUGAUAAAUAUUUUCAGACAUUUAAAAUAGCAUCAAAAAACUUUGGAAUAGAUUAUAAGGAGCAUUGUGUCAAGUUUCCAACUCAUAGCAAAUGUUGGUUCCACCAGAGUUUGGGUUUGGGUGGUAUCUAUAACUAAUAAUUAAGGAUGUGUUUGGGAGUGGUGUUUGUUUUCUUAGCAUGGGAGGAUAAAAGCAAUUAAGUUGUUAUGUUAUGUUUGUAAUGGGUCUUCAUGUUUUGAACUUAUGUUUUUUGUUUGUUUU